UGUCACCACGGGCACGUUUGUGUCGAAUCUGUGUUUGAGGAAGUUAAAAUGCGUCCGGAGACACUCAUUGAAAAGAUACAAUGGCAGCCACCAAAGCCUCGAAAGAACAGAAAUAUGACAGGCAACUCAGGCUGUGGGGUGACCACGGUCAGGAAUCACUGGAGAAUGCACACGUGUGUCUCAUCAACGCGACAGCAACAGGGACAGAAAUACUGAAGAACCUAGUACUGCCAGGUAUUGGAGCAUUCACCAUAGUUGAUGGACACACAGUUUCCGGGGAAGAUGUUGGAAACAAUUUUUUCCUCAGCAACAACAGCAUCGGAAAGAACAGAGCACAGGCUGCCACUGAGCUGCUACAAGAACUUAACAGUGAUGUCUCUGGAAACUUCGUCGAGGAGAGUCCAAACAAGCUUCUGGACAACAAUCCAGAGUUUUUCCACAGGUUUACCAUUGUCAUUGGGGUCCAGUUGCCAGAAAGCACAUGUUUGAGGCUUGGCUCAGUUCUGUGGAGUGCCUCUGUUCCUUUCCUGGUAUGUAAAAGCUACGGCCUGAUCGGCUACAUGAGACUGGUGGUGCAGGAGCAUACAGUGAUUGAAUCCCAUCCGGACAAUGCCUUGGAGGACCUGAGGUUAUACCAGCCUUUUGCCGAAUUGAAGAACCACAUUCAGUCCUACGACCUUGACAGCAUGGAGAAGAAGGAUCACAGUCACACACCGUGGAUCAUCAUCGUUGCCAAGCACCUGGAGAAAUGGCUCAGUGAGCACAACCGUCAGCCACCGAAAAACUACAAGGAGAAAGAGGCCUUCAGACAGUUUAUUCGGGAAGGGAUCCUGAAGAAAGAGAACGGUGUACCAGAGGAUGAGGAAAACUUUGAAGAAGCCAUCAAGAAUGUCAAUACUGCUUUAAACCCAACCAAGAUUCCUAGUGCUGUUGAAGACCUCUUCAAUAGUGAGCAGUGUAACAACACCACAUCACAGACCCCGUCCUUCUGGGUGAUGCUGCGAGCUCUCAAGGAGUUUGCUCUUAAUGAAGGCAAUGGAAGCCUACCUGUACGGGGAACCAUCCCAGAUAUGAUCGCAGACUCUCAGAAGUUCAUCAACCUUCAGAAUGUUUACAGGGAAAAGGCCAUGCAGGAUGCAGCAUCUGUUUCUAAGCAUGUAGAAUGUAUAUUGCAGUCUAUUGGAAAGCCACCAGAGACCAUCGCUGAGAAGGACAUCAAACUGUUCUGUAAGAAUUCAUCCUUUCUGAGGGUGGUGCGCUGCAGAUCUCUGGCUGAAGAAUAUAGUGUGGAUUCAGUAAAUAAAGAUGAAAUCACAUCAAGCAUGGACAAUCCAGAUAGCGAGAUGGUCUUCUACCUCAUGCUUCGAUCUGUUGAUCGCUUCUAUCAGCAGCACUCCCGCUACCCAGGAGUUUAUAACUACCAGGUUGAGGAUGACAUCAGCAAACUGAAGCUCUGUGUGAACAGCCUACUGCAGGAGUACAGCCUCAACGUCAACAUCAAAGACGAUUACAUCCAUGAGUUCUGUCGAUAUGGUGCAGCAGAGCCACACACAGUUGCAGCAUUUUUGGGAGGAUCUGCUGCUCAAGAAGCCAUCAAGAUCAUCAGCCACCAGUUUGUGCCCUUCAACAACACUUACAUUUACAACGCAAUGUCACAGACCUCUGCUACCCUACAGUUGUGAAUAAAGUUGGUGAUCCUGAGUUAGCUUACAGAAAUGAUCAGAGAAAACAGAGCAAGAUCAAAGGGACGGAGCCCAGAAAGACUUGCAAUAGUUUUACGAGAUCAUUUCAAAAGAUUUCAGGUAAAACAAACGACCACAACUAUAGAGCGGAUUGGCGAGGUUCAUAGACUGGUAUAUUGAGAUUGGUCUCCAUUAUAAAGACAAUAAAUCCGUUCUGCAACUAAAUAACAGAAACAUAAUUUAUUUCAAUUAAACACUGCUGUAAAUUAGUAGGCCUAAAUCAGAUUGCAUUGAUCUAUGAAUGAAUGUGGUUGAUUCUUAUAGUAUCAGCUGUUUUAUAGUAUGUAAGGCUUCUCCUUCAGUUCAUGAAAUACUUACGGCGGGGUAUGCACGGUCGUUAGAGUGAUUUAUUUUAUUAAAUUGCCCUUCCCCCCCCUCCAACGACCUACGUUGUCCAGCCUGGGCUCCAUACAAAAAAUCAAUUUACGUUAAAAAACGUAAACUGUAAAGUGAAAGUAAGAAUAAAUAUUGCUUUUUUUAUCACGUUUGAAUGGGAUAACUGCCAAAAUGUGUGCACUAAAACCUAAAAAUGCUUCUUAUGCUGAAUAUCAGAGGUCACCAGUCUUUAUCGCCCAUCAAGCCUUUUCUUUUUCCUAAAAAUUCUUGACGGGGGGGAAUCAGGAUAGCACCAACGGAACAUUUGUUCUUCUUCU